GCACUCACUCACACCUGUUCCGAUUUCUUCUUCUUCUCAGUGUUCUCCUUCUUCGCAGUCGAUAGGUCUUCUGAUUUAUUCUUUCUUCUACUCGUUCUUUUUCUUCGUCACAGAGGAGCAGAUUGGAGAGAAAGAAGGGGAAGUAUGAGGCCAAUUUUGAUGAAAGGCCAUGAGAGGCCAUUGACAUUCCUCAAGUACAACAGAGACGGCGAUCUCCUUUUCUCUUGUGCAAAGGACCACAACCCCACCGUGUGGUUUGCCGACAACGGCGAACGCUUGGGCACUUAUCGAGGCCACAACGGUGCCGUUUGGUGCUGCGAUGUCUCAAGAGAUUCGGGUCGUUUGAUAACUGGUAGUGCUGACCAGACCGUGAAGCUAUGGAACGUGAAAAGUGGUCAGCAAUUGUACACAUUCAAUUUUGAUUCCCCGGCUAGGUCUGUUGACUUCUCUGUUGGUGAUAAGCUUGCGGUUAUCACCACUGAUCCGUUUAUGGAAUUGCCUUCUGCAAUCCAUGUCAAGCGCAUUGCUAAAGAUCCUACUGACCAGACUGGUGAAUCUCUGCUUGUCAUUAAGGGGCCCCAGGGAAGAAUAAAUAGAGCUAUUUGGGGACCCCUCAACAAAUCUAUUAUUAGUGCCGGAGAAGAUGCUAUUAUUCGUAUCUGGGAUUCUGAGACCGGAAAACUACUUAAAGAGUCAGAUAAGGAAUCUGGCCACAAAAAGACAAUAACAUCACUCGCAAAAUCUGCAGAUGGUUCACAUUUCCUUACUGGCUCCCUUGAUAAGUCUGCUAGGCUUUGGGAUACCAGAACCUUAACUCUUAUCAAGACAUAUGUGACAGAACGCCCAGUCAAUGCAGUUGCAAUGUCACCUCUUCUUGAUCAUGUGGUGCUCGGAGGUGGUCAGGAUGCAUCAGCUGUUACAACUACUGAUCAUCGUGCGGGCAAAUUUGAAGCCAAAUUCUUUGAUAAGAUUCUUCAAGAAGAAAUUGGGGGUGUGAAAGGGCAUUUCGGACCAAUUAAUGCAUUGGCCUUUAACCCUGAUGGAAAAAGUUUUUCAAGUGGAGGUGAAGAUGGUUAUGUACGGUUACACCACUUCGAUCCAGAUUAUUUCAAUGUCAAAAUAUAGUGCCGGAGAAUGUGGUUUAUAUUAUAUAUGGAUCCUAGAAGUUAGCUUUUAAUUUCUUUCACUUGUUUCUGUAAUACCGAUAUGUUUACAAAACCUCUUCUAUUGGUAAUGUGCAAGAAUUUUAUGCAUGAAAUUACCCAUUUUUUGUUUUCUGUUUUGUGUAUUUACGAAUUUAGGUUGGAAUGGAAUUCUCCCAUUUUUAAGGAGGUCUCUCUAUCAUGUUCCUUGAUC